AUUCCGGUCAAUAGAUCUGUUUUAGGAUUUGAAUUUAUCUUGUAUAGGGAUGGAUUCUUUUUACAUAAUAAAGAAACCUGGGGGACAACAAAUUGAGAUUGGGUGCCGGAAGGGGCGAUUCUUUAUACCGGGAGUAAGAAUAACCUUUUAUUGCUGGAGUUGGAAGUGGGCUCUACCUUCAUGAGAGCUUGGGUUGGGGUAAAUGGAAGGUCUUCUGUGCCUCCGCAAACAGCAGUGCAGCACAAUGCCAACACCUUUGCUGUGACAGCAAUGGUGCAGCAGGCUAUGCAAUAUGUUGACCAGACACCUGAUCUUGAGACCAAGAAAGAGCUUAUUAAGACACUUGACUCUGUCGCCACUGGGAAGAUAUAUGUCGAAAUCGAGAGAGCACGGUUGAUCAAGAAACUUGCAAUAGAAAGGAAGAACAAGGUCUUAUAGCAGAAGCUACUGAUUUGAUGCAAGAAAUCGGGGUAACUAGAAGUUGACUUCUGUUGUCACUGAUCUUGUAAUUGGUUUUUCGUUGUCCAACAUUCCUAUGAUGGGUUUGAA